AUGGAGCUUGUGGGCAGAGCAAUGAGGUCGUCGGCUAUGGGCGGGGUUCUGGCGGCGGCGGCAGCCAAUACCACCAGCGCUGCAAUGCCUGCCCCGACAGCCCCGGACAUACCUGUUCCCCCUGUCACCGCUUCAGACAUCAGAUCAAUCUUCCCAGGAGUCAGCCCAAGGAAAGUGACGGGCCCAGAGGUGACCCCGGCCGAGCAAUUGAUGUUGCUCCUGGCAGUGUUGCCCACACAAGUGAAAACAGACCCACCCCCUGGAACCAUACAAAAAGAAUGUCGUGAUCGUUACUUCUACAUCUGGAUUGAUAGAAGCUUUCUCUUGGGAAGAAACUGGAGUAUUGAUGCAAGUGAUGAUUCUCGAGUCAAGAUCCCACUGACACCCCGGUUUGCAGCGACAUGUGGCUUCACUGUCACUUCAGAUAAAUGGGGAAAUCUUGAGAUCAGGGUUUCAUUCCUUGCCUGUCUGGUUCAGAAUGAUAAUGAUGAUACCUUUACAUUAACCAUGCACUUGAAUGUUGAGAACCAGUUUGUUCCUCAUCAAUACUCCACUUCUAAUUUCUCAAUGACCUGUGGACUUGGCUAUCACUGGAGCUCAAGAGAAAUAGUUUGUGAAGAAAACUACAUGGAGGUAUCUGUCAGGAGAUUGUUCCCUGGUAUUGCUGAAGAGCAAAUGGAAUCUGAAGAUUGGGAAGCAGUUAUUCCAGCAGCUCAAGAGGCUAUAACAUCAGUGUGGCAGAUUGUAUUCCAAGUGGGUGAGGGGGAGAAUCUGCAGCUGAAGACUAUGACCACCACAGAAGCCCAUUCCCUUGGCUAUGGGGUUAAUACAACUGCUUCCAGAGUUGUGUUCCGUGCUCCUUACAAUUCCACUGAAUCCAGCAUAAUAAUGAUUGACAACAUGCCAGUCGAAAGCAUUAAGGCGACAGUCUUCUACAAGCAAAGAUGGCUGAUCCUACUAGUUGACAGCUCUACUGCUUGUCCAAUUGGUCAUGGAAUCUUGAAAGACAGCAAGCUGGUUUGGCCCACACCCAGGAUUUUGGAGCCACUAGUGUUCCCAGCCAAUAUCACUGCUGACAUGAUAACCAUGGGUGUAGAAGGGAAAUUUCUAGAUGAUGAGUCUCUUCAGAGGAGGGGUUAUGACUUGCAUAUCAAUGAUUCUGUCAUUGCCAUUGUCAUCCCAGUUGGAGCAGUAGGAGGCUGGAGUAAGAGCCAUGUCAUGAACAACACCUAUGGGGUCAUCUAUUCCAUCCACUUGCUUCUGGAACAUCAGUGGCUGGAUCACCUACAAGAAAUGACCCAGCAUAGGGUGUAUCGCCUAGUUUCAACUCCCUUCAUACCAAAAAUUCCACAUGCCAUUGAUGCUGAUCCUACCCAUACUAAGGAACACUUCAACAUCACAGUGGGGCUAUUUCUUCCUGAUGUGGAGCUAGUGGCCAUUUCAGUGGCUGGCAAGAAUCUCUCUGUCAAUGACUUGAAGAAACAUGGCUACAACAUUUACCCAACUGUUUAUCCUAAUGAUACCAUGGCCUUCACUAUUGUGGUGGAUGUUGGGGCUCCAUUCAUAAAACAGCAGUACCUGUAUGAUGACAUCAGAAGAUACACAAUGAACAUUACUUUAAACUUUGCUACAAUACCAGACAAUGAGACCUUCACUAUACCAGUGGUGGUAACACAUGAUGUGCCUGAUGUUGUGCUGCCAGUUAUGUCAGGACACUGUCUUAAUAAUACUUUCUACCUGCUCCUGAAACAUGGUAAUCUGGAUCACUACUGGCUUCCUUAUGUAGCUGAUGAGCCUCUGACUUAUGAACUAGCUCAAAUGUACAGUUACAUGGCCAUAGAGAAUGGUACACACUUUUCCUUGGAAGUUCCCUUCUCUUCUCCAGGAGUUGUUCACGAGGAAGUUUCUCUACAUGAAUUGCAAGCAAGGAUUGACUUCACGCUUAAGGACAACAAGACACUGAAGGUUUACAGUAGCUUCUCAGUCCAAUGCAACUUCUUCGUCCCCCAAGAAGUAUUGGUGUGCUUCCAAAAUGGUACUGUGGCCAUCACUGUCAAGCCAUCAGCCACCCUUCCGGAGCUCAAUCUUAGCAAGCUGGUGCUGAGAGAUCCCAAAUGUGGGCCCAAAGAAAAAGAUGCAACAAAGGCACUCUUUGUGUUUGAUAUCAACUCCUGUGGAACCACUGGAAGGAUCUCACAGGAUUUCAUCAUCUAUGAGAAUGAGAUCUUGUACUUGAGAGAGGCCAUCCCAAUCAACUUUCCCAUAAUAACCAGAGAUCCUGACUACAGGUUGACUAUCCUCUGUCGCUACCCAAUCAAUGAGACCCUGACCAUCCAAGCACGGUUUGGACAUAUCCCUGUAGGAUUCCAACUUCCUGAUGGUGUACCACUGGUCAGAUUUCCCCUGAAAAGUAAGGAAAUUGGCCCAGGUGAAGAGAACACUCUGAAACUACAUGCAAGGCUGGCCAGAGACUUGUCCUACACCACUUUCUACAAGGAUGAAGAUUACCCAGUACCUUUUCACUUGAACCAAUCUCUCUAUUUUGAGAUUGAGCUGUACAACCCAAAUCCCAAUGUUGAAUUGUUCUUGGAAAACUGCUGGGCAACACCAUCUGAGGAGCUGGCUGGACAGCCACAAUGGGAUAUUAUUGUGGAUGGGCCACACAAUCUCGCACUCAACCAGAGAGCUGCAUGGUGCUGUAUCCUCAGGCCCUAUCAACAUCCUUUCCCCAGGAAUGAGACCUCACUGGAAGCUGUUUCGGGUGACAUUAACUGCUAUUGGAAUUGCUAUACUGGGAAUGAGUUGUACCUAAACAUGGGGUUCCUUUUUAAAAUGUGUGCCAUCUUAUUGGAGGGACCUUCCAGGCACUUUCCCAAAUGCUGGAUUCAGGCUAAAAUUAUAGCCUUGGUCCAUGAGAAGAGAAAUAAAUCAGAGAAGGUCGGCUCCACUGAUACCUGGAAGAAGGAUUCAUCUUGUGAGGAAAAUGUUCAACAGUCUCAACUUUGGAGUAUGGAAGAAGGAGAGGUGAUCUUAUUGAAGGGAACAAUCCCUGGACAGGCAGUCAGCAUCAUCUUGAAGUGCAGGCAAGGAGAGGACCCUGAGACAGCCAGCUAUGGGCACUGUACAACAGCUGUGGCUAAUGGCUCUGUCGAGGCCCUGCCGUUUGGGCUUCACUGGGUUCCAGUCUUUCAUAUCUCCUUCAGACUCUAA